AUGAAUGAGAGUGUCAAUGAACGAAGUUCGAUAACAAGUGACAUUGGUGAAGUUGAAAUUGCCAAUGAUGAUAUGGAAUUGGAAGAUCAACGUUUUCGUUUUAUUCUUAGUUAUCUCAAUAUUGUUUAUGGCACAACACCGGUCGCAUUUAAGAACGCAAUUAUAAAUAAUGAAAUAAAUCGUAAACUUAUUGAAUCAUUUUUUGAUAAAACAAAUCGAAAUAUAAUACUUAUUUUUGAAAAUUCUGAUUCAUUAAAUGUUCUGGCGGAAUUUCCAAUUCACUUUAAAUCAAAAAUUAUUUGUUUUGUUAAACGAAAUGAAAAUAUUAUUGAAAAAGAUAUUCCAUUAAAAAAGCAAAUAGCCAUUGCUGAAUUUACAUCUUCAUCUAUCACUCAAUUAAGUCUAUUUAUAUCUGAAAUUGUUUGGCCAAUUCUACAGCAAAAAAAAUCUAUAUCCGAUUGGCCUGAUAUUGUUCUUCGUAAUUGCCAAGAAAAUAUAUCUGAAUUAACAAAUCUAUUAACAGUAAUCAAUGGAAUACUUCGAAAUCAAACAAUCCUAUCAAUACCACACGAUAUUGAUUUUUUAACAAGAUCAGAUUAUCUUCGUGUGCUUAGUCAUAAUAAAACUUUCGAUAGUCGAAAAAUUCGUUUAUUAGAAAAUCUAAUCAUGACUUGGAGAAAUCAAAUUCAAACAGCGAUCAAUUAUGAUCGUAAUCUACCAAAAACUAAACAUCAUCCACUACCAAAUGUUGAAAUUGAAUUUUGGACAACUCGAGCAGAAAAUCUACAAGGAAUUAAAACACAAAUGCAUUCUCCAUUAAUUCGACGUCUUGUAGAAGUUCUUGAAAUUUCUAAUUCAAAUUAUUUUUCAAGAUUUCGAACUAUAUUCCGUGAUGUUAUUCAAGCAUUGGCUGAAGCACAAAAUAUUGCAUUAUAUUUAAAACCGCUUGUACCAAUUUUGGAAAUAAUUGAAAAAGUUCAAGAUAUUCAAUCGAUAUCAUUCCAUUUUAAUCGAUUAUUUCAUACAUUGGCAUUAGCUUGGGCUAAUUCUGUUUAUUAUACAAACAUAGAUCGAUUUAUUGGUUUUUUGCAACAAUGGACAAAUCUUGUUAUUACGAAAAUUCGUGAUUUACUUCAACCAAAUGACUUAUUUGUUGAUACAGAUUUUGAUGAACCAAUACAAUCGAUUAAUUUAGCACUUGAAACAUGCAUGCUCUAUAGAAAAUCUUAUCAACGUCGCAAGGAACUAUUACCAACAUAUUUUAGCAAUGACCGUCCGACACUCUAUUGGGAAAUACCAGAGUCGAAAAUCUUUGAUGGAUUCGAGCAUUUUAUUGAUCGUCUUAAAAUGCUCAAAGAUAUUCUAUCAACUGCACAAGAAUGUUCUAUCUAUGAAUCGAUUGAAUUAGGUGGCAUUGAUGCUGUCGAAUUACAAAAUAUUCUACAAAAAGUUAUUCGAGACUUUAAAUCAGCCUAUGCUUUAUUUCGUGGUUUAACCGAUGAUAUAACAAAUGAAUACAAUGCUGAGUUUCCAAAUGCUUAUAAAACAUUUCGUAAAAUUGUUUUUACUGGCGAUGAACGUGUUGCUACUAUUCUGCGUCGUUUUCUUCAACCAUGUUAUAGUCAUGCUAAAACAGCGAAUAUUGAUAAUAUAUAUCGAGCAAGUCGAAUUAUUCCGAUUUACUCAAGUACAGCAUGGUUAUUAUCUAUGCCAAAAUUAAGUUCACAUUAUCGAUGGGUUAACCAAUUGCGUCAACGUGUGAAUAGUCAGAUAGAACCUUUAAGAACAAUCGAUAUAAAGAUUAGAGAUAAUGAAUUUUAUAAACGAAUACUUGAACAGGAAAGAACUAUUCAAAUAAGACUUGAUAAUUUUAUUGAAAAUUUAAAUCAACAAUGGAUUGAUUUAUUUCAAAAUGGAAGUCUAUUGCAUUUAAAUGAGCCGCUACUUGGAAAAGUCAAUGAAUACUAUACAGUCAAUAUCAAGCCAGAACUUGCUACAGCUUUACAUGAGGUUAUGCGUCUUUAUCAAAUACCAAAUUUAAUUCUUUCACCAGAAAUUGAAGAAUUCUACCAACAAAUAGAUCGAUUUCAACAACAAUUUAUUGAUCUUGAUUAUAUUACAAAAUCCUAUCGACAUAUUUAUGACAACGUGAGUCUUAUUGAAUAUCCAUUAAUUCGUGAAGAAUUAACAACUAUUACCAAUGAUCUUGACAAAGCAAGUACAAUUAUAACGUUGAACAUCGAUACUGAUUCAACUGAUUUUAUUCGUCGUCUUCGAACAACAAUUCAUGAUUUUGAAGCACGUUUUUUUAAGAGCAAAUCAAAUUUAGAUGAUAUACAGAAGAUUCUUAAAACUUAUCUCAAAACAGCAUUAUAUUCACGUGGUGAAGCUCGUCAAGAUCCGUUACUCAUUGUUUAUGAAAAAGAAAAUAGAGUAUUAAAGAGAAACAACGAACUAAGAGAUGCUGGCUUACGUUUACAGGACAUUCUUAAACAAAACAAAUGGCUAUUAAAAGCUGAUGCUGAGGCAGACAUUUGGAAAGCAUAUGUUGAUUAUGUUGAUGAAAUCAUUAUCGAAUCACUUUACGAAAUUAUUGAUUAUAACCUCAAUUAUCUUCUUGAAGAAUCUGAUCCCACAUUGAAUAAACGUCCACUUUUUGAAGUUGAACUUAUUUUAGAUGAUCUUGAUUUGCGCUUUAAUCCAACACUUGAAUUUGGAAGUGCCAAUGGUCUUUAUGAUAUAGUUGAUACAUUAAUAGGAAAUAUUUUUCGACAAGCUGCUAUGAUCCCUCGACUUGCUGAACAUUCUGGACAAAAACAUUAUCAAAACGAUCUUGAAGAAAUGACAGCAUUGAAUGAUCGUCGAUUAAAAAUUAUGGAACGAUUACGUGAUACAAUGAAAGAAGCAAAUGAUUGGAAAGAUGAUGUUAAAGAGUAUGCUUAUUUAUGGCUUGACGAUAGAAAAGAACAUAUGAGACAAUUUCUUCUCUAUGGUCGUGCACUUGAAGAAAAUGAAAUCGAAAAUCGAGAACUCGUCAAAGAAACACCACCAAGCUUAGUACAAUUUCAAAAUCAAAUCGAUUUAUUUCAAUCAAUAUAUAACGAUAUUGAUAGUUGGAAUCAAACUUUUCUUUUCAACAGUUGGUUAAGAGUUGAUGCUCGACCUAUUAAACGGCAAUUAUUAAAUCUUGUUAAUAAAUGGAUUAAUUUAUAUAAAAACUAUUUAAUUGACCAUGUAACUGUUUCAUUAAAUGAAUUAGAAUUAUUUAUAAAACAUGCAUCCGAUAUGUUACAACGUCAAGUUAAAUCUGAUGAUUUAACAGGUUUAAUUGAAAUGAUGACAUUUUUAAGUCAAGUACGUACUCGACAAGAAUAUACAGAUGAUAUGGCUGAACCAAUUAAAGAUAUUAUUGAAUUACUUAAAUCAUAUGCAUAUGAAGUGCCACAAACGAUAUAUGCUAUGCUUGAUGAAUUACCAGAAAAAUGGAUUAAUAUUAAAAAGAUGGCUGUAAAAAUGAAGCAAUAUAUUGCACCAUUGCAAGCAAAUCAAAUUGUAAAUAUUCGUAAUCAAAUUAUCGACAUGGAAAAAAAACAACAAGAAAUUCGAGAAAGAUUUCUAAGAGAUGCACCAUUUACAUACGAUACAAAAGAGCCUUAUGUUGAACUUAAUAUUUGGGCAUCACAUUUACGUAAAUUUCAUCAAGAAAUUCAACAGCUAACCGAUCUUGCUAGUAUAUUCGAUAUCAAUAUUCCUGAACAUAAAGCCGUAAAAUUAUGUCGUAGAGAAAUACGUCCAUUAAAGCAAUUAUGGGAUUUAAUUUAUCUGAUUCGUUCACGUAUUUAUGAAUGGACAAAGACUCCUUGGAAACAAGUGAAUAUCGAAUCGAUCGAUCAAGAAUUACGACAAACAUAUUUAAAUAAAGAAUUACGUUCACUUGCUAAAGAAUGCAAUCAAUGGAAUGCUUAUCAUGGCAUUGAAAAAGAUGUUAAAAAUCUUGUUGCAUCAUUACGUUCUGUAGGAGAAUUACGUAGUAAUGCUAUUAGAUCACGCCAUUGGGAUGAGUUAAUGAAAGAAACAGGUGUUCAAAUUCGCAUGACGAAUGAAACGAGUCUUCAAGAUUUACUUGUUCUUAAUUUGCAUAAAUACGAAGAAGAGGUUAAAAAUAUUGUUGAUAAAGCUGCUAGAGAACAAGGAAUGGAAAAAAUUCUGUAUGAUCUUGAAAAUACUUGGUCAAAUAUGAAUUUUCAUGUUGAAAAACAUCCACGUACCAAUGUAACACUUGUUUCAAUCGAUGAUGAUAUUCUCGUUGCAUUAGAUGAACAUCAAACACAAUUGCAAACAUUACUUUCAUCAAAAUUUAUUUCGCAUUUUAUUGAUAAUGUGACGACAUGGAAAAGUCAAAUGUCAGCAGCUGAUAUGGUUUUACAAUUAUUAACUGAUGUACAACGAACAUGGUCAAAUUUAGAAGCAAUUUUUAUUGGUACUGAUGAUAUCAGAAUACAAUUACCAGACGAAACUGAAGUUUUCCAUAGAAUUGACAAAGAAUUUAAAAUCAUAGCAAAAGAAAAUGAAGUUGAUUUAAAUUUUAUUCGCUGUACAAAUCGGUCGGGUUUAUAUGAUCAAUUGGAAAAAAUGAAAGAUAAUUUACAAUUAUGUCAAAAAGCAUUAGAAGAUUACUUAGAAAUCAAACGACUUGCAUUUCCAAGAUUUUUCUUUGUAUCUGGUUCGGAACUACUUGAAUUCUUAUCGAAUGGAAAUGAUCCGGAAAAAAUUAUGCGACUAUUAAGAAAAGUAUUUGAUAGUUUGAACAAAUUAGAUUUACGCGAAGAUUUAAAUGGAAAUAAACUGAAAAUGGCGUAUGCUAUGUAUUCCGAUGAUGGUGAACGAGUGAAAUUUUUUAAUGAUUGCAAUCUUGAAGGAGCAGUUGAAAUUUGGUUAUCACGUUUAUUAGAUUUUCAUUGUGAAACAAUCAGAAAUUGGCUUCGAGUUGCUGUAACUACGUAUGAAGAUAAACCUCGAGAAGAAUGGAUAUUCGAUUAUGCAGCUCAAAUUAUUCUUGCUGGCAGUCAAAUAUGGUGGACAACAGAUGUAAAUGGGGCAUUUGUUCGAAUUGAAGAAGGUUUUUCAAAUGCAUUUCGUGAAUAUAAUAAAAAACAGAUAGUACAACUUAAUACACUUAUUAAUUUAUUGCUGGGCCAUUUAAAUGAUCAAGAUCGUGAAAAAAUAACAACACUUUGUCUUAUUGAUCUUCAUGCACGUGAUGUUAUUUCCAAAAUGCUUAAUCUUAAAAUUGAAAAUAUUAACGAAUUUACUUGGCAAUCACAAUUAAGACAUCGAUGGGAUCCAACAGAUAAUAAUUGUUAUGCAAAUAUAUGUGAUGCUAGAUUUAAAUAUCAAUAUGAAUAUUUAGGAAAUAAAAGUCGAUUGGUAAUAACACCAUUAACAGACAGAUGUUAUAUAACAUUAACACAAUCAUUACAUCUAUUUGUUGGUGGAGCUCCAGCUGGUCCGGCUGGAACUGGAAAAACUGAAACAACUAAAGAUCUUGGUCGAUCAUUAGGUGUAUGUGUUUUUGUUACAAAUUGUUCUGAACAAAUUGAUUAUAAAUCCAUUGGUAAUACUUUUAAAGGAUUAGCAAUGAGUGGUUGUUGGGGUUGUUUUGACGAAUUCAAUCGUAUAUCGAUCGCAGUUUUAUCUGUUGUUGCCGUUCAAGUUAAACUCAUUUUUGACGCAUUACGAGCAAAACGUAAAAUAUUUAAUUUUAUGAAUGCAGAAAUAAAACUUCAUCCAUCUGUUGGUAUCUUCAUAACAAUGAAUCCUGGUUAUGCUGGACGAACUGAAUUGCCAGAAAAUUUAAAAGCUUUAUUUCGACCAUGCGCAAUGGUCGUACCAGAUUUUGAAUUAAUAGCUGAAUUAAAUCUUGUAUCAGCUGGAUUUACAGAUGCACGAUUAUUAAGUAGAAAAUUUGUUACAUUAUACACACUGUGCCAUAAUUUAUUAUCAAAACAAGAGCAUUACGAUUGGGGUUUACGUGCAAUUAAAUCGGUACUUGUUGUAGCAGGAACAUUGAGACGAUCGGAUCCAAAUAUGAGCGAAGAUAAAGUCCUUAUGCGAGCGUUACGCGAUUUUAAUAUACCGAAAAUCACCAUCGAAGACAUGCCUGUUUUUCUUAAUCUUAUUGGAGAUCUAUUUCCAGCAGUAGAUGUCGAACGAAAAAGAGACCAAGAUUUUGAAGAUAAAGUUCGAAUAGCUGCCAUUGAUCUUCAUUUACAAGCUGAAGAAGCAAGUCCAACAGUACAAAAUAAUUUUGUACUUAAAGUUGUGCAAUUAAAAGAAAUAUUCGAUGUACGACAUUCUGUUUUUAUUAUUGGCAAUGCUGGAACAGGUAAAACGCAAAUAUGGAAAACAUUAUUUAAAACUUAUCACAAUAUGAAACGUCGACCACAUGCUAUUGAUCUUGAUCCAAAAGCUGUUACUAAUAAUGAAUUAUUUGGUUAUAUGCAUCGACAAACUCAUGAAUGGAAAGAGGGUCUAUUUUCAACAAUUAUGCGAGAUUUAGCUAAUAUGACAUCAGAUUCACCUAAAUGGAUUGUACUUGAUGGUGAUAUUGAUCCAAUGUGGAUUGAAUCAUUAAAUACAGUUAUGGAUGAUAAUAAAGUACUUACACUAGCUAGUAAUGAACGUAUUCCGCUAAAUGAAACAAUGCGCUUAUUAUUUGAAAUAAAUCAUUUAAAAACAGCUACACCAGCAACUGUUUCUCGUGCUGGUAUUUUAUAUGUAUCAACCAAUGACAUUGGAUAUUCACCAGUCUAUGUUAGUUGGGUUGAACAACGUGAAGCAAAUAGUGAACGAAAUCAAUUAUUAUUACUAUUUGACAAAUAUAUUCCACGUUGUUUGGAGUUACUUAAAAGUGGGCGUGUAAAAACGAUUACGCCACUAGUUGAUGUUUGUCAUAUACACAUGCUAUGCAAUAUUCUUGAUUGUUUAUUAACACCACAAAAUUUACCAGCAGAUUGUCCGAAAGACUGGUGGGAACUAUAUUUCGUUUGGGCAACUAUAUGGGCUAUAGGCGGUUCACUUUUUCAAGAUCAAAUGAUUGAUUAUCGAGUUGAAUUUUCAAAAUGGUUUAUUCAUGAAUUUAAGAGUGUCAAAUUUCCACCUCAUGGAACUAUAUUUGAUUAUUCAAUUGAACCUCAAUCAAAGCGUUUUGAACCAUGGUCAAAACUUGUUGAUGAAAUCAAUUUUGACCCCGAUUUACCAGUUCAGUCACAAUUAAUAUCUACAAACGAAACAGUGUGUCUAUCAUUUUGGCUUGAAGCACUUAUAAAGAAAGGUGUUUCAGUAAUGUUUAUUGGUUCAGCCGGUACUGGUAAAAGUGUUAUCAUUAAAAAUCGACUAGAAAAAUUUGAUUCACAAAACUUUAUAAUAUCAACAAUUCCGCUAAAUUAUUAUACGACAAGUGAAAUGCUGCAAAACUCACUUGAAAAACCUUUAGAGAAGAAAGCUGGUCGAACAUACGGAGCACCAGGAAAUCGACAAUUGAUUUAUUUUAUUGACGAUUUCAAUAUGCCUGAACGUGAUCAAUAUUUCACUGUACAAGCGCAUACCAUCGUUCGUCAAUAUCUUGAUUAUCAACAUUGGUACGAUCGACAAAAAUUAACACUAAAAGAAAUUCGAAAUUGUCAAUUUGUUGUUGCAAUGAAUCAUAAUGCAGGAACAUUUAAUAUUGAUGCUCGUCUUCAACGGCAUUUUUCAACAUUUGCUGUUCCUUUAUCAAAUAAGAGUACUCUUCAUACAAUCUAUUCGAAAAUGGUUGAAGCUAAAUUUUCAAAUAUCAAUAAAAUUGAUCUAAAAACACAGACAAAUUUUUUAAAUCAAUUUAUUACAGUUAUAAUACAAUUUCAUCAACGCAUUUCAAGUGUAUUUUUACCUACAGCAAUUAAAUUUCAUUAUUUUUUUAAUCUACGUGAUUUGUCAAAUAUUGUUCAGGGAAUGUUAUUUGCAUCAACACAAAAUAUAUUAAAUCCACAAGAUCUAAUACGUUUAUAUUUGCAUGAAGCUGAAAGAACUUAUUCAGAUAAAUUUAUAAAUCAAGAUGACAUUGAGUUAUUUAAUAAAAUUUUGCGUGAAAGUAUACGGAAAAGUUUUGAAUUUGUUGACGAUGAAAUAUUUCUUCGUCCAAUUAUUUAUUCACAUUUUUCCGGUGGCAUUGGUGAUGGACAGUAUACAUCUGUAUCGUCAAUGAAUAAAUUACAGCAUAUACUUGAAGAUGCAUUAGUAGCAUAUAAUGAAACGAACUCGUCAAUGAAUUUAGUCUUAUUCGAAGAUGCUCUUAUUCAUGUUGCACGUAUUAAUCGUAUACUUGAAUCACCACGAGGUAAUGCAUUGCUAAUUGGAGUUGGUGGCAGUGGCAAACAAUCGUUGGCUCGUUUAGCAGCUUUUGUAUCGUCACUUGAUAUUUUUCAAAUAACCAUGAAACCAAACUAUGGAAUAAAUGAUUUCAAAGUUGAUCUAAAUAACUUGUAUCGUCGUGUAGCUCUCAAAGGUCUUGCUUGUGUAUUUCUUAUAUCUGAUGCACAAAUAAUUGAUGAACAUUUUCUUGUUCAUUUAAAUGAUUAUUUAUCAUCUGGUGAAAUCUUUGGUUUAUUUACUGAUGAUGAAGUUGAAGAAAUUCUUAAUCAACUUCGAUCGGAAGCUAAAUCACAGGGUUAUAAUGAAACGAAAGAAAGCAUAUGGAAAUAUUUUAUUGAUAAAGUACGACGAAAUCUUAAAAUUGUGAUGUGUUUUUCGCCUGUUGGCAAUACAUUACGUCUACGUGCACGUCGUUUUCCAGCAUUAUUUAGUGGAACAAUUAUUGAUUGGUUUCAUUCUUGGCCAAGAGAUGCACUUUAUUCGGUUGUUAUUCGUUUUCUUAAUGAUAAUAAUAAAUUAUUAUCUAAUGAAGUGUGUCAUUCUAUUGCUAAUUUUAUGGCGGAUACACAUUUAGAUAUUAAUCAAACAUCAAUACAAUAUUUAGCAAACGAAAGACGAUCUUAUUAUACAACAUCGAAAACUUUUCUUGAAUAUAUAAAAACUUUUCAACAUAUUUAUGAAAAUAAACAAAUGAAAGUUGAACUUGAAAUCGUUCGACUUUUAGCUGGAUUAGAAAAGCUUGGUUCAAUAUCAGCACAAACUGCCACUUUACAAGAAGAUUUAAAAAUUACAACGGACGAAGUGAAUACAAAAGCAGAAAAAGCAGAAAUCGCAUUAAAAAUUGUUACAGCAGAAGCAGAUAAAGUCUCAAAAGAAAAGUUAUUUGCCGAUGAAGAACGUCGUAAAAUUGAAACAAAAAAGGCAGCUGUUGAGAAAGUACAUGCGGCAUGCGCAAUUGAAUUAGCUAAAGCUGAACCUGUACUCGAAGCAGCAAGAUUAGCACUUGAGAAUAUUGAAAAAGGACAAUUAACGGAAUUGAAAUCUUUUGCAUCACCACCUGAAACUGUUAAAUUUGUAAUGAAUAUGGUUGUUGUUCUUUUUAAAUGGGUUGAUGAAAAUCGAAUUAUUCCUGAAAAUCAGCGAACAUGGACUGAAGCAAAAAAUACUAUCGGACCAGUAGAAAAAUUUCUACAGCGUUUAAAAAAUUUUCAAGUUGCUAAAGUUACGCCACACGUGCGAGCGAUCAUCGAUAAAUUGAAUGCAACAUUAAUGAAAAUUAGUAAAACCGAUAGUAUUGAAAGUUUAAUUCAACAGAUUACAGUGAAAUCAGCAGCAGCUGGUGGCAUAUACACAUGGCUUGAUAAUACUCUUAAAUUUCAUACUGUCUAUUUGGAAGUCAAACCAAAGCAAAUAGCUUUAGAUGUUGCUAAUGAAGAAUUAAGUCGAGCACAACAGGCUUUUUCAAAGAUUCUUGCACGUGUGCAAAUACUUGAAGAUUGUCUUACUGAAGAAAAUCUUAAAAUGCAACGUGCUCUUGCUGAAAAAGACGAUGCUGUUAGAACAAAAGAACGAUUAGCGCAUCAGAUUGAUUUAGCUGAACGUCUUGUUGAUGGUCUUGCUUCGAGUCGAAUUAUAUGGACAAAACGUGUUGAAACAUUUAGGAACGAUUUAGAAACAUUACUAGGUGAUGCAUUAUUAACAUCAACGUUUAUUUCUUAUGCUGGUUAUUUUUCACGAAGUUAUCGAAUCAAUUUUGUUAACAAAUGUAGAUCAAUUAUUGCUGCUACUAAAGGUAUCAUACCAAUGCGAAUUGAUCUUGAACCGUUAUCAAUAAUGAUCGAUGAUGCUGAUAUUGCAGAAUGGCUGAAUCAAGGCCUUCCAGCUGAUCAAACAUCUUAUGAAAAUGCUGCUAUUCUUAUCUAUUGUUUACGAUGGCCACUGAUGGUCGAUCCUCAAGGACAAGGAAUUCGUUGGAUUAAAAAUCUUUUCACUGAUAAAUUAAUUACACUUCGUUACAAUAGUAAAGGUUAUCUUGAUCGUGUUGAAGCAGCAGUACGUCGUGGUGAUACACUUUUACUUGAAUGUAUUGAAGAAAAUAUUGAUUCUAUAUUGGAACCAAUUAUUAAUCGAAAUUUAAUUCGUAAAGGCAAAAUAGUUAAAUUUGGCGAUAAAGAAAUCGAUUAUCAUCCUAAUUUUCGUUUAAUAAUGCAAACACGUUUAGCUAAUCCACAUUUUCGGCCUGAAAUUCAAGCACAAACAACACUAAUCAAUUUUAGUACAUCACGCGAUGGACUUGAAGCACAAUUAUUAGCGGAAAUCGUUGCUGUUGAAAGACCUGAUUUAGAAAAGAGUAAAUUUGAAGUCACCAAACAAAAAAAUGAAUAUAAAAUCAAUUUAAAAAAAUUAGAAGAUUCAUUAUUAGCAUGUUUAGCAACGGCUGAAGGAAAUUUUAUACAAAAUGUUGAACUUGUUGUUACACUCGAACGUACUGUUAAUACGGCAUUAGAAAUGGAACAGAAAAAAAUGGAAGCGGAAAAAUUUAGCCGACAAAUUGAUCGAACAAGAGAAUUAUAUCGACCAACAGCUAUUCGUGCGUGUAUUAUUUAUUUUAUUAUGAAUGAUCUAUCAAAAAUUCAUCCGAUGUAUCAAUUUUCUUUGAAAGCAUUUCGAUCGGUUUUUCUUAAAGCUAUUGAUAAUGCUGAGCAAAAUGAAGAUUUGCAUAUACGAAUAGAUAAUCUUAUUGAUGCGAUUACAUUUUCUUCAUACUCCUACAUUGUCCGAGGUCUUUUUGAAGAACAUAAACUUAUUUUCACUGUACAAUUAUUAUUACAGAUCUUAAGAGAAAAAGGUGAAAUCGAUAUGGUUGAACUUGAUUUGUUUUUACGAAAUCCUCAAGAAGCACAUGCAGGAUGUCCUGUGGAAUUUCUCAACGAAAAAGCUUGGGGAAGUAUAAAAGCUUUAUCACUACUACCUAUUUUUCAUGGACUGGAUCGUGAAAUUGAAAUAUCAAGUAAACGAUGGAAAAAAUAUGUUGAAAACGAAGCACCUGAAUUAGAAAAACCUCCAGGAGAAUGGAAAAGUAAGUCAACAAUGCGGCAAUUAUGUAUUCUUCGAGCUGUUCGACCUGAUCGAAUGCUUUAUGCAUUGAAAUUAUUUGUUGCUGAAAAACUUGGCAAAAAGUAUAUCGAAAGUCGUGCACCAGAUUUUGCUCGUACUUAUGAAGAAUCAUCAAAAUCGAUUCCUAUUUUUUUCAUUCUUUCACCUGGUGUUGAUCCAUUAAAAGAAGUUGAAACAUUGGGCAAAAAAUUAGGUUAUACAUCACAAACAGGAAAAUUUUAUAAUAUUUCAUUGGGACAAGGCCAAGAAAUAGUAGCUGAAAAUGCAUUAGAAAUCUCAGCUAAAGAAGGCCAUUGGAUUGUCUUACAAAAUAUUCAUUUAGUACGACAUUGGUUACCAAUACUAGAAAGAAAACUUGAACGAAUAUUAGAAAUAGCACAAGAAAAUUUUCGAAUUUUUAUGUCAGCAGAACCCAGUGCAGAUUUUAGUACACAUGUUAUACCACCAGGAAUUUUAGAGCAUUCAAUUAAAAUUACAAAUGAAUCGCAUACAGGAAUGUUGGCUAAUCUCCAUAAGGCAUUGGAUAAUUUCGAUCAAGAAGUUCUUGAUUCAUGUAGUAAAGAUACUCAAUUUAAAGUUAUUGUUUUUGCUCUAUGUUAUUUUCAUGCUGUUGUUUCUCAACGAACAAAAUUUGGUUCAAUUGGUUGGAAUAGAAAAUAUCCAUUUUCUUCGGGAGAUUUACAAAUAUGCAUUGAUGUUUUACGUAAUUAUCUUGAAGGCAAUGUUAAAAUUCCUUGGGAAGAUCUUCGUUAUAUAUUUGGUGAAAUCAUGUAUGGUGGACAUAUAACUGAUGAUUGGGAUCGCCGAUUAUGUCGUAGUUAUCUUGAAACAUAUUUAAAUCCAACUAUGUUCGAAGGUGAUCUUUAUUUGGCACCUGAUUUUCCAUUAGCACCACCACUUGAUUAUAAAGCAUAUCAUGCAUAUAUUGAUGAUAAACUUCCAAGUGAAUCACCAAAACUUUAUGGACUUCAUCCAAAUGCUGAAAUUGAUUUUCUUUCUCAAACAAGUGAAAAACUUUUUCGUGUACUUAUUGAAAUUUCACCAAGAGAAACAAAUUUCAAUGUUCACGGGCAAAGUGGAACGAUGUUACGUGAUGAAAAAAUAAGAAAUACGCUUGAAGAAUUUCAAACUCAUAUGCCCGAAGAUUUCAGUAUUGUUGAAUUACGUGCACGCGUUGACGAACGUAAUCCAUAUGCUGUUGUUGCUUUACAAGAAGCGGAAAGAAUGAAUUAUUUAUUACGUGAAAUUCGACAGAGUCUAAAAGAACUUGACGGUGGUCUUAAAGGUGAAUUAGUAAUAUCAUCUGAGAUUGAAAUUUUACAAGAAUGCUUCUAUUUGAAUAUUGUACCAGUUGGAUGGACCAAUCGCGCUUAUCCAUCGCUUCAUUCAUUAGGUUUAUGGUUUCAUGAUAUGUUAAAUCGAUAUCGUGAAAUAGAAAAUUGGACAGCCGAUUUUCAAUUACCCAAUUCCGUAUGGCUAGGCGGUUUGUUUAAUCCGCAAUCAUUUCUUACUUCGAUCAUGCAAGCUGUAGCACGAAAACAAGAUUGGCCACUUGAUCGUAUGUGUCUCGUAGUUGAAAUAACUAAAAAACAAAAAGAAGAAUUACAAAGUGCACCAAAAGAUGGUGCUUAUAUUCAUAAUUUAUUUAUUGAUGGAGCACGAUGGGAUAAACAAAACAAUCUAUUGAUAGAAGGCAAAUUAAAAGAAUUAUGUCCACCAAUGCCAAUAAUAUUUGUUAAAGCUAUACCUAUCGACCGAUUGGAUGCGAAGGGUGCUUAUGAUUGUCCUGUAUAUCGAAUUAAAACAAGAGGAAAUACGUAUAUAUGGCAUUUUCAUUUAAAGACAAAAGAAAAACCAUCAAAAUGGGUGCUUGCUGGUGUAGCACUUUUAUUGCAAAUAUGA